AUGGAUUCGAAACAAGGUAUUACUGAUAAAGCAAGCAUUGAAAUUACGAUAGAUGAUGCGCCAAUAAGUAACAAGACAAAGAUGGUUGGCAUAUACGAUCAUUUUGUGUCGAAAAUAUUAGCAAAUCUUCACGCUGGCUAUUUUCGUAUAAGCCUAACUUUAUGUGCACAAGUAAUGUUGUGGAAAUCUUUAGUUAAUUUCACUAAAAAUAGCAAUGAUCUUCAUUUACACCCAUUUCUCUUAAUGCUUCCUUCAACAGCUUCAACUCUACUAUGGUCGAUGGCCUUAUUCGUGUUAAUCUCACUCUCUAUUAUAUACGCUUUGAGGUGUUUGUAUCAUUUCGAUAAAGUGAAGAACGAGUUUUUACACCAUGUUGGAGUAAACUACUUGUUUGCUCCAUGGAUGUCGUGUUUGUUUUUGCUUCAAACAUCGCCUAUUCUUGUGGUUCCUACAGGUAGUAUUUACCAAUUAUUGAGUUGGUGGAUGUUAGUAGUUCCUAUAAUUAUGCUGGAUAUUAAGGUUUAUGGUCAUUGGUUUAUAAAAGGAAAAAGGUUUUUGGUGAAGGUGGCUAAUCCAGCUUGUCAAUUAUCAGUGAUUGCUAAUUUGGUUGCUGCAAAGGCAGCUGUUUUUAUGGGUUGGUAUGAGAUUGGUUUGUGUUUCUUCUCUUUAAGUAUGGCUCAUUACUUGGUGUUGUUUGUUACUCUUUAUCAAAGACAUCCAGGGAGUAAUGGUGUUUCCACUAAGUUAAGGCCUGUUUUCUUCUUGUUUUUUGCUACUCCGAGUAUGGCUAGUUUGGCAUGGAGCUCCAUUGUUGGAAGUUAUGAUAUUGCUUCUAAGAUGCUUUUCUUCCUGUCUUUGUUUUUAUUCAUGUCCCAGGUAUGUAGACCAACCCUAUUUCAAAAAUCAAUGAGAAAAUUCAGCAUUGCAUGGUGGUCAUUUUCAUUUCCUUUGACGAUAUUAGCAUUGGCGUCCAUCAGCUACGCUAAAGAGGUGAAGGAUGGAGUAGCAAAAACACUUGCACUAAGCUUGUCAAUUAUAUCAAUGAUGGUUUCCCUUUCUUUGAUGCUCUUCACCACUAUCAAAAUUAACAAAUUGUUCCUUGCUACUUCUAAGAAGUAG